AUGGCCCUUCAUACACCCGCUUUUCAUCGUGCAACACUAACUACUAUACCACUGGAACUAACAUCUUCUAAAAGUCGCCAAUCAAUUAAACAUAUAGGUAGCGUUCGCUGUAAAAUGAGUCGAAUAUUCAAAAAAAUGCUCAAUAGCGACACUGCAAUUAGAAGUGAAAUCAAAGAACCUCUUCAACUACCUAAACCAAACAUUCGUUUAUCGGAAACAACAGCAGAUAAUAAUGAUACGAAUACGUCAACACUCGUUGAAAAUCCUGAAAAUGAUAAGAGUAGCAAUAAUCUCGAGCCGUUCGAACGAUUGCCAUUUACUGAACCUUGCUUUUCACUGUCAUCAAAUGAUGAAAACGUUCCUGUUGAAUUAUCUACUUACCAUAAACAUUGUAUUCAUCAAGAGAAACACAUGGAUAAAAAUCAAUAUCAUCAUGAAGCAUUAUCAGCAAAACAAACAACAUGUUCACAGUUAAAUUCAUCAAAAUCAGUACCUAUCAAAGAAAAGUGUCCUGAUUUAGUUAAUUAUCGCUUGCAAAAUGCAAAUAAACCAAUAGAUCAAAUCACAGUUAAUAAUAAAAGAAACAAUUCUACAGCAGCAUUGCCUGUAUCGAGCUCCGUUGAGAACCGUAUUGGAUUGCAAUAUGCUUCUCGAAAAAAUACCAUUACAAAUAGUCAAAGUCUUCGCUCUUUCUAUGCACCACAAUAUCUUCGACGUUUACGUAGUAAACCGAAAAUACGUCAAAUUCUCAAUGAAACUAAAACAUUAUCACUGACAUCAAAAAAUCAAUCUUCUCCAUUAUCGUCAGUGUCAUCUUCAAUUGCUCAUCGCAUUGAAUUGCUUAAACAAGCGAUGCAUAAUAAUCAAUUGGAAUUUCAUCAAUCAAAAUUAGACAAAAUAUCUCCUAUUGACUUAUCUUCUCAUCCAUUAAUGCAUAAACUCAAUAAAGAAACUCAAACAAAUGCAAAUGAUAAACAUUUAAAUUCACCAGAAUGUCAUCAUAUUCAUCAUCAUCAUAUUCAUUCGUCAUCACUGUUACCUAUUGAAUGGCGAACACAUUUUUCUAUCAUAGGAACACUAUCCAUCAUUUUUCUUCUUCUUAUCGAACUAAUAACAGUAAUAUUUUGA